UUAGAGUCUACGCGAUUCUUUUCGUGAAAACGGGAUCUGGAAAGUGUAGCCAAUGAGUAAUACAGACGAUCCGAAAUGGCUGACAAAGUGACCUUUACAAUCAACGGAGAGCAGCAUGAAGUCGGGGCGGACGUCUCGGCGGACACCAGCUUGUCCACGUACCUCCACGCGCAGCACCUGCGGGGGACGCGCGUGACCUGCGGGACUGGGGGCUGCGGCGCCUGCGUGGUGCUGGUGACGAGGCUGGAUCCCGACUCAGGGGAGAGGAGGUCCUACUCGGCUCUCAGUUGCCUGAUCCCCGUGCUCGGCUGCGGCGGCUGGGAGAUCACCACAAUAGAGGGUCUUGGGAACCGAUUCGAGGGCUAUCAUGUUAUCCAAGACCGCCUUGUGGAGCACUACGGUACCCAGUGUGGCUACUGCUCCCCUGGAAUGGUUAUGAGCAUGUAUGGGAUGACUCAGGAGAAAUCCAGCUGGACGGACACCGACGUCGAAGGAAUCCUGGACGCCAAUCUCUGCCGCUGCACAGGAUACCGACCCAUCGUGGACGCCUUCAAGUCUGUCACAGUUCAGGAUAUCGAGGACGCCCACACACUCAGCUGUCCCCGAACAGGUCAGCCUUGUAAGGGUCGGUGCUCGCUGAAAUCAGCUGACACCAAGACAAGCUCCUGCUCGAAGCUAAGUGAGAAGCCGGAGUCUCGGCUCCUCCAGCUGAGAGAUGCGACCUGGCAUCAACCAGCUUCCCUUCAGGAACUUUACGACAUCCUAAGUGGCUUGCCGCAGGGAGCCCAGUACCGGUUUGUAUGCAGUGACACAGCAAAAGGCAUAUACCACAACGAGGGGCCCUACAGUACCUACAUCUCCACCACCAGCAUCCCGGAGCUCUCCCGCGUGGCAGCAUCUCCGUCUGGCUUGGUCUUCGGCGCCAAUGUCUCCAUCAGCCGCUUGAUGUCCGAAUUCUCCACCGCCUCGCAGAGUCUGUCCGGCUUCGGCUUUGCGGAGAAGAUCGUCAAGAUGUGGAAGAGAGUGGGCGGAACUGCUCUGAGGAACAUGGGCAGCUGGGCGGGCAACUUUGCAAUCAAAGUAGCGCACAAAGACUUUCCCUCUGAUGUCUUCUUGAGCCUUAUGGCAGCGGGGGCGGUAGUGAAGUCAGGCAGCCCCUACGGCGGAGACAAGGAGCACACCCUCGACCACCUUCUGGACCUGGACUUCGAGGCGGAGCGGAGGGUGAUGCUGGAGCUCAGGGUGCCGCCCCUCAGCGAGGAGGUGUCGUUCAGGGUCUUCAAAAUCGCUCCUCGCAACGCCAACGUCCACGCCUACAUGAACGCCGCCUUCAGUAUGCGGGUGGACAGCGCCAACGCCCACACGGUGAUCGGGCGCCCCUUGAUCCUGUUCGGAGGCAUCAAUGAGGACUUUCUGCAUGCUUGGGGCGCCGAAGCUGCUCUUGAGGAUAACAGCUUAGAAGACGAAGCGGUAGUGCAGGCAGCUCUGAAGGCCCUUCGCGAUGAGAUCCAUCCUGACGACCUGCCAGAAAACCCCUCGGCGAAGUACAGGAUUGAUGUUGCCCAGAGCCUGCUGUACAAGACAAUCCUCGGCAUCGUCGGAGACAUCGCUGACGCCAGUGUUGCCAGCGGAGCGUCAGACCUCGAGAGACCUCUGGCGACCGGACAGCAAACCUACGACGAGAACGCAGACCGUUGGCCCCUCUCGAAGCCCGUCACCAAAGUCGAGGGCCACAUCCAGUGCAGCGGCGAGGCGGAUUACGUAGCUGACUUGCCCCCGAUGUGCGAGGAGCUGAGCGGCUGCUUCGUCACCAGCACGCAGGCCAAUGCCAGGAUCGUCAGCAUUGACACAUCGGCAGCUCUGGCAAUCCCAGGAGUCGAGGGCUUUGUCGGGAUCGAGGACAUAACAGGGAUCAACAACAUCCAGGUUCUGCAGUGGCCUUUCCCCGAACCGCUCUUCGCCGAGGAGAGGAGCUCGUACUUCGGGCAGCCUCUGGGCCUGAUCGUUGCAAAGACCGCUGAACUCAGCAAGCAAGGAGCCGCUGCCGUCGUGGUCACGUACGACGACAUCCAGGCCCCCGUGCUGACGAUCAAGGAAGCACAGCAGUUGCCUCUUCCCUCCCCGCAAGGCGACCCGUUCGUGGAGGGCGAUGUGGAGGCCGGGUUCGCUGCCUCGACUCACGUGCUGGAGGGCGGCGUGGGUCACGACUGGCAGUAUCACUUCUACAUGGAGAACCAGGUCGGCGUCGAUGCUGAGGGAAGGCUACAGGCUGUCCAGGCCACGAUGACGAGCGACGCAGGCUACGUGAACGUGGACCCUAACAACACCGCCUCCCCCCCUGCUGUGCCGUCCUGCUACGUCUGUCCGAACUGGGAGAUAACACCUGUCACGGUGCUCACUAACACGCCCAAUAACACCUGGACGCGGACGCCUGGAACCACCGAAGCCGUUACCCUCAUGGAGACGAUCAUAGAGCACGUGGCCGUCGCUCUCAAUCUAGACCCCCUCCUCGUACGCCAGAGGAACCUCAUGCCGGAUGGGUCAUUCAGACGUGUUAGCGAGGGAGUUUUUCGCCUUCGCUGCGGCAGGGGUGGACGAGAUGCCGUCGCCAUACCCAAGGAAGUCAAGGUGGAGAAGAACAUCAUUGGCGACAUGCUUACUCAGCUGAUGUCCAGCGCCGACGUCGAGAACCGAAAGCAGAUGGUCGACACCUUCAACAAGAACCACCUCUGGAAGAAGAGGGGUAUUUCGGUGAUGACGAUGCUGUGGCCACACGUGGUCCCCCUCCUCUACCCCAUGAACUCCCUGGUGUCCAUUAACCAGAGGGAUGGCUCUGUGGCCGUGUCUCAUGGGGGCUCGGAGCUCGGACAGGGCUUGAACACGAAGGUGGUGCAGGUGGUGUCCUACGAGCUCGGAUGCCCCAUGGAGGUCGUUGCCGUGAAGCCGACGACCUCGCACACGAACGCCAACUCCCAGGUCACGAGCGGCGCCCUCGGCUCCUACACCACAGCCUACAGCGUGAGUGAGGCGUGCAAGAAGCUCCGCGCGCGACUGGACACCGUGAAGCAUUCCCUGGGCGUCGAGGACAUUUCGUGGAAGGACCUGAUCGAGGCGGCGGCCAACAAGGGCGUCGAUAUAAGCGAAAGAUAUUGCAACGGUCCAGGCGAGGUUCAAUCCUACCCCGUAUUCGGCGUUUGCUGCUCUGAGGUCGAGCUGGACGUCCUCACCGGCCAGUUCUUGGUCCUCCGCACGGAUAUCCUCCAGGACGCAGGCACGAGCAUGAGCCCCUUGGUCGACGUGGCGCAGGUGGAGGGCGGCUUCGUCAUGGGCCAGGGCCUCUUCACGUCGGAGAAGGCCAUCUACGACUCCGCCAGUGGGAAGAGGAUCACGGAUGGCACAUGGCACUACCAGGUUCCCACCGCCCACGACGUCCCAGCUGACUUCCGGGUGUCCCUUCUGUCUAACACGCCCAACCCUACCGGCGUCCUCGACUCGAAGGCCACGUCCGAGCCACCAGUGCCUCUUUCGUAUACCGUGCUGAUGGCACUACGGAAUGCGGUCGCCAGUGCCAGGGAGGACGGGGGCACCGCGGGCUGGUUCGACAUAGAGGCGCCAUUCAACGUCGAAAAGCUGCAACAGUUGUGUCUCGUAGAACCUUCCAGAAUGGUUCUUCAUCCUGGCGGUCGCUAAAUAUUUUUUUUUUUUUUAUCUUAUAUAAGGAAACAAGGCGUAUUGGAUGAUGCCUUUUCUCUCUUUGUGGGUUCUUAUUUGUGCUGGUUAUGUGGUGGUGGUGAUGAUGAUGAUGAUAAUGAUGAUUGAUAAUGAUAAUGACAAUGAUAAUUGAUAAUGAUAAUGAUGAUAAUGAUAAUGAUAAUGAUAAUGAUAAUGAUAAUGACAAUGAUAAUUGAUAAUGAUAAUGAUGAUAAUGAUAAUGAUAAUGAUAAUAAUGAUAAUGAUAAUGAUAAUGAUGAUGAUGACGAUAAUAAUGAUGACGAUGACGACGACGACGACGAUGAUGAUGAUGAUGAGGAAGAGGAGAGGGGAAGCAAGACGAAAAUGAUGAUAUGGUUGAUGAAAAGGAAGAAAAGAAAAGAAAAAAUAUAUGUAUGGAAUUAUGUUACACGAUUAAUUGAAAUAACAGCAUGUCAUACCUUGUAUUGCUGUGGUAUUCUACGCACUGCUGGAUUAUACAAUACCUCCAUGCUAUGCUGUACACUGCUCUGUUAUGAUAUAUAUCGCUUUGUUGUAUAAUGAAUGUAAAAAAUAACCACUCGCAUAUAUUUCGGGUGUUUCAAGGUAAUGGCAUUUAUGUAUUUAUUUUAUAGUAUGUAGUGUCUCAGGUUCCAUGAUUUUUUAAUGUCUUGGUGUAAGUAUUGAAUAAAAUUAUAAUCUAUAAGUGUAAUUUUGAUUAUUCUUGAAACUGUUUUUCCUUCAAGUUGACCAAAUAAAGCAAAAUAUUGA